AUGAGCUCCUGGACAAUUACCCGUAGGGAUGAAACACAAGAAUUGGACUAUGGAUCGAUGCAUCUAAACGAAACUCCUUCCCUAUAUCGUUUGCCGUCUGGGACAUCCAGCUGUUCUGCUCAGUCUAUAGCAACUCGAUGGCUUGAAAGGAGUUUCGAGUUGAACAAUUUAUCUUUGAUAGACUAUCAGCGACGUGUUCAAGAACUCCGACGUUCAGUCCGUCAAGGUAUUGAUUCAGCAGCAACAUGUACAGACGGUAUUAUUCACGCUCUAAAGCAAUUAAUUCACAGUGGUUGGCUUAACACUCGGUGGAAUUUGAUCAGUGUUGAUUGUGAUCAUUUCGCUUCAGAACCAUGGGAGAAAAAUUUCGCUUGCUGUUAUCGUAAUGCACAAUGCAUACUAUCUGCGUUAUUUCGAAUUCCUGAAUUUAGGAAACGUCUUUUUGGAUCCCUUUCAGCUAUGCCAUCCAUAUGGAAAUUACAGGCCCUUUUAGAAUCUGCUUGGUCACUUGGCUUCGAUCCACUUGGCGCAUCUCAGAUAUCUUCAACACUAAACUCGAAUAGAAUUUCAUCUAGUUCUCAUCCUACAGAUUCUGAGGUCGGCAGCAUUUCUUCAGAUGAUCGUAAUCUUGUUGGAUUGGUGGAUAGUACUGCAUGUUUAGGCGCUACCGAUAUGGUUUCUCUCUUUGGAUCAAUAGGUGUACGGUCAUCAAUUAUAGAAUGUCGUUCGUCUUCAGGACCUGGUGGAACUCAUCCAUAUCUAUUAACGCAUAUCUACUCCUAUGUAAGCUCAGGUAACAGUAGAGCAAUAUCAAAUGAGCCUGCAACAUUACCAAUGCUUUUACAACAUGAAGGUCAUAGUCGCAUAGUAAUUGGUGUUGAAGUGGAUGACAAUGAAAAACCCUUAGCUCUCAUUGUUCUCGAUCCCGAUGUACCGCCUGAUGCUAUGCGUCAAAUUAUUAAAGCAGCAGAUUAUUCUGUAUCUAGUCCCAAUACAGAUUUAUCUCGUCUCUCCUUUGGACCGUAUCAUUGGAUGGAUGUUUUAGGUAGUAUGCGUGUGGAUAUAACACAGUUAGUUCAACCUCAAUACCAGCUACUUCAAAUUAGUGGAUUAAUAGAAACUGAAUCAGAUUUACAGGAGUCAUCUAUCCAGCAGUCAUCGUUUGCUGUUCGGUGGAAGAUAAAAAACUAUCAGAAGUAUUAUCGUGAUUUAUUGUCAUAACAUUUAUUCUUAGACCUUGUGUAUAAUAACCUUAUUGUUGGUUACAUAUUGGCGUAAGAAUAAAGGAUUCUAGAGUCGCCAAUCUGUGUUCUGGUUUUUUGCACUGGUUAAUAGGAAGUGUUUCUGAAAGUCUUCCAGGGACAGGGUGAGGUCCACCGUAGUAAGAGCUGGACAUGGACAGUUUAUG